AUGAAUAUAAGCAAAAUAUUUUUCAGCAAAGUUGGGGAGGUGAUAAAAAAUGGGAACAGUGGAAUGAACAUGCAGCAAGGAGCAAGUCAGUUGUACAGCGGGAAGAAAUUAAUAUACAUUAGUAAACCAACUCAUGGAGGUUUCAUAUACUGGAAGUGCAGGGAACUCAUACACACAGUAAAAAAGAAAACGAAAAGGUGCGCAAGAUACUUGGACAUUAAUCACGACUUCUCUCGAGCCGCAUUAGUAGGUGUUCCCAAAACGAGCUAUGACCCCAAGAACAAUAUUUUCUACAUUCAAAUGGAUAAUGAGGAGUGGGCAGGUAACUUUGACAUAAAUGGCUCCGCAUGUGUACUUGCGUGGGGAGCCAUAUUCCUCGUAAAAAAAUUGGCAAAAUGGGAAAACAUACUUUACGUACGAGUAGAGCUGCUCCAUUUGGACGGUAUUGGCAGCAAAAUGAUGCUGAAUAUAUCGAUGAACAUUCUGUUUUACCUCCACAUAUCCUUCUGGAUUUAUUUCAUAUAUUAUCGAAUGCUGGUUAAUAACAAGCAUAAUGUGUUUAGCAAGUGGAAGACCGACGACUGA